AUGCGAGUGGUGGGUGGAUAAAAGGGGAGACGCUACUCCCAGCGAACUGCCGCCUUCGCUCCCGAGGCCUCACCAAAAUGGCCGCCGCCGUCUCGGCCGCCACCACCACCAGCACCAGCUCGCUAUCAAUACCGCCGGCGCGGCCCGUCCUCUCGCGAGAGACAAUCACCCAGUAAGCUAAAACAAGUUAGCUGUGCAGCCUGGUCCUCCUGAUUCACAAGACAGCUUACUUUUAUGGCGCUACUUCCUUUUAUCUGAGGGUUGAUUCCUGAUAGCUCUGAAAGACCUAUGCCGUCGGCAUGCAAACUUUCAAAGUUAAAAACCUCUUUGAGAAUCUGAUAGGCUCACCCCAGAGAAGAACAGUAAUACAACUACCAUCUACUGAUGCUACUUCGUGCACUGAUGAUCUCUUAAUUCUAACAAUGCUCCAUAUUACA